AUGGCGCACGAAGAUGACGGUCUGCCGCUCGACGAGCAGCAUGACGAAGCGCAUGACGAUUUUUUGCUCGACGAUUUGCUUAAUGCUCCGCGGGCUUCAGCUGACGCGGCACAGGUUCGCUGCAUCUGGAUACAACCAAAUGGAUACGAGUAACAUAUGCGUCAGCACUCGUGUUUCGAUCUUGCAGGCGUCGGCUGCGGAGAGCCAUCCAUCGACAAGGGCUCCACACGGUGGCAGAUCCACUCAGGUACGUGCAAGAUGCGGGGGAGACGGAGCAUCGUCUGUUUGCUUCUGAACAAAAUGUUGUGCAUUCACGGCGCAUGCAGGCUCCUGUGCCGCCUGUGAUGCAGACACCUGUGUAUGUGCUGCGGCCGAGUGACAAUUCGGGGGGCAAGAGAGGCGUGUCGUCACGCGCCAAGUCUGCUGGCAGGAAGGCGGGUAGGCGUGCAACCGACACGUUCAUGUUGUGCAGGCAUUCAAUAUGCGUGUGUGUCUGUCUGUGUGUGCUUGUCCAUGCAGCCAGCAGCAAAUCGCAUGGAGGGGCGUCGCUGAUGCCGUCGGCGAGGAAAGGCAGUGAAGGGGCCUUGCUGAGGUAACCCGUUGAUGUGUGCAGGGAGAUGUCAAUACGUGUCCACGUGUGUGUAUACAGUGAGAAGGAUCGGGCCGAGAGGUAUUUCUCUGUCCGUGACGAGAACAAUGCGCUCAAGAGACACCAGGCGCAACUGAAUGAGCAAAUCAGGGCCCUCACGGUGCGCAUUCAUUCAGUCAGUCAGUCAUUUUCUGUCGUCUCUCCGUUUGGCACAAGUCUACACAUGCGUACCUACGUAGGUGAAGUUGCAGCGGCUGCAGGGUGAUUUGGUCAAGUCGUCCGCCUAUCCGUGCGAAGGCCUCGUGUCCGACGAGAUCGAGCAGCUCAGAGAAGUACGCGCACACGAAUACUCUCAUACUUAUGUCAGGAGCUCAUAUGUUAGGAACUGCUCGAGGCCAAUGAGAGGAUCCGAAAGCAGGAGAGGCUCCUGGCCCACGAUCCAAGCCUCAAGGUGACUGUGUGCCUGAACGGAGUAUGCGUUUAUGUCCACACGUCUUGCUUCUGCAUGCAGCUCCUUUCUCACGGAGGAGGCUAUCUGCGUGCCAGGGCAGCAAUGUACACAUGCCCACGGGAGGAUCGACACACAAUCAUUUGGAAGUAUAAUGUCCAUUGUGUUGUGUAGGCCCUUGCCGUCUCUGCCUUCCCCGAGACGCUCUGAGUCGCCCAUUGUGCACUCGCUCAGGUGUGCAUCCAAUUUGCACAUAUGAGGGUCGAAUGGACUUGAAUACAUGUCUUCAUGAUGUGUCCAGGUGUCAGCUGGCUCACGCAAAGGAGCAGACAGAGAGGUUUCAGGUGUGUCGAUAUUCCGUGGGUAACAUUUACACGUUGGCCACGUGUCUCUUCCUUUCAAAUGCAGGCGCAGAACGAGCAACUAAUCGAUCAGCUCCACAAGAUGGCCGGCAGUGGCAUCAAGCAGACAGCCACAGAAGUACGCGUGAGAAUGCUUCAAAGAAGGCCGAUUGACAUGUUCACGUACACACAAAUUGCAACAGGACCGCAUGGCUGUCUCGGCGCCUUCAUCCAGCGAUUAUGAGGUGGAGAAUCUCCGCAAGAGGCUCAGAGAGGUGAGACGAGCACAUGCAUCCGUUUAUGUACAAUGUGGGCAAUCACGUGGGCAUGGGAAUGCCUGCAGGCUGACGACGAGAGGCGUUCGCUGAUGUCCAAGAUCCAGCAGCUAGCAGAGAAUCCCUUCCUCAGUGCCCUCGAGGGCAAGUAAGCAUGUCGCCACACGUGGAUCUGUGUUCAUGGCCUUGCGUACAGGCUCGUGUCUGAGCGAACACUGCAAGAAAUGGAAGAGCGACUCAAGAAGAAAGAAGAGGUGCUUCAACCCACACACACCUGUGUCUCCGUAUGCAUGACGUCCAGCCACAUGCGCCUAAUUCGUGUCUGUCUGCAGGAGGCUCGUAAUGUCCAGGACCAGCUGGACAUACUGGAGUCAGAGCGCAAGAGACGCGCAGCCGAGAUCGACAUGGAGAGGCAGCAGGUCAGUCCCUACACGCAUGUGUUGUGUUGCCUGCAUUGGGCGUUGUGUGUACGUACAGUAUAGGUCGGCCAUCGAGCAAAAUGAGAGGCUGAAAGUGCGACUGGAAGACAGAGACAACCAACUGGCGUCAUUCCAUGUGAGCACAGAGAGUCGUGGAUUGACGUGCGGGUGUGCAUGUGUGCGUCUCUCAAUCUAUCGACAGGAUCGCUUGCGCAUUUUCAUGGGCGUCCUGUCGUCCACCGAGCAGGUACAUGAACAGCAAGGAAUCAACGUGUAUUUCUGUGUGAACGAGUGGUCAUUUGUGCGAAUCGAUUAUGCACACAGGAGUUCGUGCAGCAGUUCCUUGGAGAGCUGAUGGAAAAGGACAUCAGAGAGGGAAAAAGGCUAGCUCCGGGUGGCAAUAUGCUCCAGUGUAGGCGCACAACUAUGCGAACACUGGGGCCAUGCCCACACAAACGGAUGUCCAUGUGUGUGCAGUGGUCGAUCAGCUGCGUCUGGAGAAGGCCCAGCUGGCAGAGGAAGUGCAAGCCGCACACUCCCUUCUCAAACGGUAUGUAAGAUACACACAUGUUCAUGUCAAUCUGAACAUGUGUUGGUCCUCUCACGUAUACAGUGAGACGGCGAUCGCGUCGUCUCUCCGCUCGUUACACGACACCGACAUAAAUGAGCUGACGGACCAAAUCUCGGCAAUGGGUACAUACUUCUGCCGACGCAAGAUCGUAGAUACUCACAAUCGUUUCCACGUGUGCAGCGGUUGAUUCGGGCAAGUGGCGCAUGUUGGCGGACCAAAGGCAGCACGCCAUGCGAGAACUGCAGACCGAGCUGGCAAAAGCAGGCACCAGCCAGGUACGCAAAUACACGCAUGUGAACAUCCUCAAGCACAAAAUGCUGUAUGAGCAGGAUCGGCUUUUCGAGCGUCCCGACAUGCAGCCUAGCGGAGAGAAUUCGCUCGGUGCCUUCAUGCAUAGACCGCGCAUGGAUGAUUUCACUUCCAAAUUGACAUGUGUGGAUGCAGACAUCUACAUUGGCCAGGGGCAGAUCGAGUCGGCUGUUGUGGGCGGCGAUGAGGGGACAAGCUCAUGCAUACUGGUCGAGUUCUAUGACUAUGACGCGGCCGGCACACAGGUAGGCAGGCAUCCCUCGUCGAAUGCACUGCCUACUUGUGUCUUUGUGUUUGUCUCUUGAUAGCACGCGAUUGGUCUGUCGCCUCGCUAUGGGUCGAUGGUCUCCUUUCCCCUGCAACCCGACGAACGCACACUCGAUCACAUACAGAAGGCACGUUGGGAGAUACCAACACGGAGACGUGUGUGUAUCCGUACUCAUGUGUCCGUGCGCUCACACAGGAAGGGCUGCACAUGGAGCUGUGUGUAUUGCGUGAGCCUGGCGAGCGGCCGAUGACCCUGGGCAGGUGCCAGGUGCCCCUGGGCGACAUCCUCAAUGCGACACCAGCAUACCCCAGCCCAGCUGUCAGAGGCACGGCUACAUUCGUCGGUACCAAUGGAUGUAGGGCCGCAUUUGGAGAUGCGUAUACUUGCGUGUGCGGCUGUUGCACACAUCAGGUGAUGGUCGGGCGGUUGGACGAGUGGACUAUCGGAUACGUAUACGCAGCCCGAUCAUCGAGCAUAUCGACGUGCACAAAGGAAAGGUCAGCGUGACUAUGGACUUGUGGAUACACAAGCAAUUGUGUUUAUGUCAAUUCUUGCAGCGGCAGCUGGUCGAUGCGCAGGCUGCGACGGAAGCACGGAUGAUGAUCCCCCAUGGCGUGCAGGGCAUCGACAGCUCACUGCUGGCCCGUAUGUAUACUGUGCCACACAGUUGUGCUCAUUCACUUGAAUGCCCACGCAUUUGUGUUUGUGCAGCUACGCCAGUCCACACUCUCCUGAUCAACGGUACGGUACAAACACAUCGAUAUGCGUACAUGUCUCUCCUCAUGCGAGCGUGUCUCUAUCCACGACAGUUGAGAGCAUUAGCGGUCUGCCUCCCUCUGCGCGAUCAUAUGUGUACUUCGAACUCCCCGAAGGCAAGAGGCACUUCACGCAGACAAUGCAAGGCGGCGAUCCACGGUGACUCACCCAGCAACGUGCACGUACAGGGUCUGUACGUCUUUGUUCGCGUACACAUAGGUUUGAGAGUGAGUGUCGUGUGCGCAUCAACGUGAGCGAUGCGGCAGCUCUCCAGUGGAUGUCGCAGCAGGCACUCCACUGCUUCGUCUUCGACGACACCGCUGAAGAUACAUCACAAGUGCGCAUACGUGUGUACACAAGACAUCGACAUAUGUACACACGAAGGUACUGCAGGCGGCUGUGCUGGGCGAGUGCCACGCGUCUCUCAUGCCGCUGCUGCUCAAGGUAGGGUAAAUGGUCCCUAUUUAUACACAUCUAUCUCCUUCGCAUCUCGAUCUUCGUAUGCAGGCCUCACACGUGCUUCGCGAGUCGAAAUGCCUCUCUGAUCCAUCCACCGGCAAAAUGACAGCCGCACAGCUGCACGUACAGGUGAGUGAACACCCACGUGUAUGUCCAUGUGCAGCUCUAUCAUUCUUACCAACUCGUUCAAACAGGCCCGCUGGCAGGACAUUCACCUCGCUGAUGUGCCUGAGGCACCGCCAAUUGCACCUCAGAUGUCUAUGCACACAGAUGCUGAGGGGGCUCGCCAGCAGCCACAGCCGCAGCAGCAGCCUUCCUGUGACCACGUUGCUCUCCGCAUUGCCGCCAAGAUGCCCGCGAUCGAAACCGACUUCACUCGCGCAUGGAACAUGAUUGGCGCCAAGAGGUGGGCGGACCGUGAUCAGGGUAGACAGACACAAUACAAGUCCCUGUCUCAGCAACGGUCUUCUCUCAUCGCGGGAGCUCUCACAUCUCCUGCUGUCGUUGCCCUUCGGCCUGUCGCGUGAUGGAGCAAACCUCUUGAUAUCAUAUUGCCCAGCAUUGCCGACCGACAGGGAGAGCUUUCUCACCUUCGUGCAAAAACACGGAGGUCAAAUCGACCAGGGGCACCGACAGCUGAUUGAGAGGAUCGCUGGCGCAUUCGAGAGAAGUCACAAGACGGCCGAUCAGAUAUUCAGGCAAGCACACGACACAAGCGAUCCGUGUACAAAUUGCAUUCUGUGUAUGGAUGGAUGUGCUUGCUUUGCUCCCAGCGAGGUCGACAUUGACCGUUCCGGCCGGCUUUCGCAGCACGAGUUCUCCAGGCUCUUGCUGGCUUUUGAUGACUCGCUGACAGACAGUGACCUCGGCCUGCUGUGGCACAAUGCAGACAAAGACGGCUCAGGCAACAUUGACAGAGACGAAUUUGCCAAAUUGUUUUUCAGACACAGAGGGAGAGCUGCUACUGGUGAGUGAGUGAUCCUCUUGUCUGUCCUGUUUGCUUGUUCGCUUCCUUUCUCUGCAGAUAGCACCAUCGUCCAUCUGCUGGAUCGCCUGAGAAAGCGCGCAAUCAGCGAAUGGCUCUUUGGCGGCAUCCGGGAGACACACGUCGACCGUGUUGACAUGUCAGAGCGGCUGAGGGAACUCUCAUGCGGGCUGUCGAACAAAGAACUCGAGCAGGUCAUUCCGAGACUCAGACACACACACACACACACACACACAGACAUUCGCAGUCCCCCAUUUCUCUAUUGUCAGUUGCUCGACCACUUUGCUGCGAGAAAUGGAUUGGUUGAUGUGGAAUCCCUUCGGCGUGAGCUCGACAAACCCCCAGGCGGCAUUGACUUGUUGGUGCACAACCUGGGCAGCCGCAUCCGGAGGGCAAUCGAGCGCACAGGUUGGUCACGUUACCGCAUGGGGUGAAUGCUCCCUCUCUCUCUGUGUGUGUCAUGGCGUGCAGGCGCAUCGAUUGAGGACAUAUUUGCCCGUGUGGAUGAGGAUGGCUCAGGGCGGUUGGAAAGAGCAGAGUUCCGGGCAUUUGUUGAGAGGUUUGAGCCCUCGAUAACGCCGAGGCAAUUUCAGGGACUGCUCGAUUGUCUCGACAAGGUUCUGACAUGGCCAAAAGGCAAGAACAAUGCUGUGUGUACAUGGGAGUCCUUUAUGCAGGAUUGGUCAGGGUCGAUCAGUUUGAGGGACUUUCGUGCGUUCAUAGGGGACAAGACGGAGGAGAGGGUCGUCACUGAGACACACAGUGAUGGCCUCAUGAACCGCCUGUGUCGCUGCUUUGACGCACAUGCAAACACUCUGCUACGGGUGAGCUGAUUUGUGCAGACAUCAGAGAAGGUGUGCAAGUCAGUGUACGCAUGUACGCGCAUGCAGCUGUUUCUGGAUCACUCUGGAGAGCUUGCACGUGACGAGUGGGUGGCGGAACUCUCGGUUUUGCCCGUGGCCUUCUCACUUCCUGGUGUGUGCGCAUACAGCGCAUGAAUACAUGUAUAGAAAUGUGUGUGUGAAUGAAUGCAGAGCUCGAUCACCUAUUUUGGACGAUGAAGGGACCGGAGAGCGAUCGCCUGACCUAUGAUGACUUCGUUGCGGCAAUCGACCAGCAUCGGCAGCUGGUAUGUACAUUCGUAGCUACAUAUACUCAUGCACGUCGGUCUCGACGUGUGUUUACACAGGGAGGGGGUAAAGCGACACAGGUGCUGAGAAGGAUUUGUGAGGCGAUCGAGAGAGCAGGUACAUCGUCGAACGUUUGUAUGCGCAUGAUGCCGCUAACGUGCGCUUAUAUUCCCACGUUAAGGUGUCGAUCUGUCGACGGUUUUCUCCCGCAUUGACACGAGAGGCCUCGGUUACAUCACCCCCUCUCAAUUCGCGUCUACCCUGACCUCAUUCGAGCCCUCACUCACAGACACCGACAUUGUAUGCACACAUAUGCAUAUGCCGAGACGUGUACACAUGGUGCACAUUGUGUGUGUGCAGGAGUAUCUGGUGUCUCUUGCCGACAAAGAUCACGACGGCGAGAUUGACUUCAGAGAGUUCGCCAGACUGAUGAGAGAGAGCAGCACGGACCAACAGAAGCCGCUUUUUAGGUGCGCUUUUUAGUGUGCACUCAUGUGCGUCAUAAAUUAUUCAUAGGAUGCCCGUCCACACAGGCUAGCCCCCCCCCUUCCCCCCCAACAGACGCAAACAGGAAGGGAGGGGGGCGCCAAAACCAACCACAAAGGUGGGUGCACAACACAUAACAUUCACGCACAGUUGCACAUAUCUCCAUGUUUGUUUGUACGCACAGGCGAGGAGGCCCACAUCGCAUCCAUCUGUGGCCGCAUUGCCAAACGAUUCAUAGCCGACCAGAGAGUGGACCUCUCCUCGCUUGAAACCAUGUGGUAAGUUGGUUCACGCGCCCACACGGAUCCACGCGUGUGUGUGCGUGUGUGUGUGUGUGUGUGCAGGGGGCAGGGGAGCAUGGAUCACUUGUCACUGAGGGACUUUCUGCCCAAACUUGGAGCCAAACUGUCCGCCGAUGAGGCCGACAUGGUGGGUGUCGCGCGGAAUAUUCACUGUCACACCUAAAUAUCUAUCCCAUUUGAGCAUUCAUACACGUAUAGCUGGCUGCCCAUCUGACCAAGAGAGGGACGCGACCAGUGUCCUUUCGGCAGUUGGAGAGCCUGCUCGAGUCAUCGGCAGUGAAGGCAAGUCAUGCAUACGCACGUGAGUACGCAAAUGGUAUAUGUGUGCGUCCAUGCGUUGAUGCAGGCUACCGCCCUCGACCAAUGGGCGAUCGAUUUCAUCUCUCGGGUGAAGCAGGCUGCCCUUCGCAAAGGCACAAGCAUGGAAAAGUCGCUGAACACUGGUAUGUGCAUGCACACAUGGGGACACUUGACACACGACGGAGACAACACAUAGAGACACGACUCCAUCGCGUGCAGACGUGAUUUCGUCUUCGGCGCUGAAGAGUGUGCUGAAGGGCGUGUGUGUGCACAUGCCCGAGACACAGCUGCAGCGGCUCUGGGACGUGUGCCCGAAGGAGAGUGACGGGUACGCAGUAAACGCAUCUCCAUUAAUGCGAGCACAGGUCUGACGUGUACGUCUCCUGAACCACAGGACGGUGCUUCCCCCGGUGUUCUUCUCCUACUUCUCACAAUCGCUGCCCUCCUACCUGUCAUCUGUUAUCCCCACCGGUAGACACACACAAACACACGUCCUCGCGGAUCUGCGCACUCAUACGUUCUUUCAGGCAAAGGCCCCUUCGAGUUGAGACCUCCUGUGCCGCUGCGAAGGCAGCGAAUCAUCAAGGGCGAUGAAGGAACACGUACGUAUGUGUGCCUUUGCGCAUUUGUAAACAAAAGAUAUGUUCACGUGUGCAUGUAUGCAGGGAGAGGAGAGCCGGCGGAGAGCGCAGUGGACAGGGAGAUGGCGCAUGUGCUGCUGGGCAAGAUUAGACAGAGGCUGGAGCAGAGGGGACUCACUGCUGAAAGGGCAUUCAGGCUGAUGGUACGAAGCGAUGGACACGCAGCGCAACACACAUUUCGUGCAUUCAUCGAUGUAGGACGCUGAUAAGAGUGGCUCGCUGUCGCUCGAUGAGUUCACACGGUCAGACACUCAUGCCCACAGGCAUCGAGCAUAUGUAGUGGACGCAUGCAGGGCACUUUCCUGUCUCCAUUUGGGCCUGUCCUCUCGCGAGAUCGCAUCUGUGUUCUCCCUCAUUGACACCAAUAACAACCGCAGCAUCUCUCUUGCAGGUGCGUGCCUGUCACUUUUUUGCCUUAUGUGGCUAUGUUGACAUAUGUCUGCACGGUAUGUGUCCACCAGAAUUCUCGCAAGCCCUGAGCACCAGCAGCCCCCCUGCUGUGACGGCCGCCUGGCUGAGACGGCUGACCGAGAGGAUUCGUGGCGCCAUCAGCAGAGCUGCUGUCGGGGUGGUAAGCGUGUCUCCAGAUGUCGGCGUGGCGCCUACAGGAAUCACAGAUGCAUGUACAGGAGGACGUGUGGCGGCGAUUAGCGGACGGCAAAAGCAGCAUCGGCUUUGCGGAGUUUGAGAAGGUCGUGGCUUUCUGCUGAUACACUCAUACUGUCAAAUAUGUACGUGUCCGUGUUUGUAUGUGCAGAUGGUCCGUGCGUUUGAGCCCUCUCUGGGUGAUGGUGACCUCCACCGCUACUGGUCACUCCUCGACAAGGACCACUCAAACGCACUCGAAUACGAUGAAUUCGCUGACGCAUUCGGACCAUCCACCGACGGCUACCCAAGUAUAAGUACAUACAACUGCAUACAGAUCAAUGUGUGUAUACGAAUGUCGCAUUUCUGUCCGUCAGUUGAUGUGUCUUCGGUCGAUUGGCUGGUGGUGUUGGGGCGAGUGUAUCUGGCGAUGGAACAGAGAGGCGAUUUCGCCCUUCUCGAAGCAAAGAGGUGGUUGCCACCCACAGACAUACGUGAAUGAGUGGACGAACAUGUCUCUAUGUCGGCAGCCCUCUGGCGUACGCGGACUUCCUGUCGAUCUUGAGUCGCAUGCAAGCUCAUGUCUCACACGCAGAGGCCCAGGUGACGUUCUCUCACCUCGACACUGAUGGCGACGGCCGUAUUGACACAAACGACAUCAGAGAGGGCAUGGAUCGCGCCGACACUUGUAAGCGUAUAUGUACAUGUAUGUCUGGUCACAAGAGCACUGUUGAACACAACGCUUCUUUUCGUCCACAGGCGAGGAGACUCAGAAAGAGCUCAACAGACUGGAGACGUCAGCAAUGUGCACACACCAGAGGGAAAGUCACAUUUCGUGGUCCGUGUAGGCUGGCGAUGAGAAGAGACGGCAGGAGGUUGCUGCAGUGGUUCAGCGACCGCCACCCGAGCUCUUCAAUCACCGCGCAGAAAUUCCUGGCCUCUCUUCUCUCUUUGGACCCCCACCUGCCCUCAAGCACGACCACACGCCUCAUACACAUGGCCGACAAGACAGCCAAGGGACGCAUCCUAUUCAUCCCAUUCAUCACACGCUUUGCCGGUAUGUAUGUCUAUGGGACGUAUGCGUAUGCAUUUGUUGUGUGUACAUCAAUUGCAGGCAGAGCGAUCCAAGAGCCGCCAACAGCACCAGCCGUGCCCUCUGGUACGUGCACCAUAGAUCAAAAGGAUACGUACCUGUCUAUGCAUCCAUGUACACUAAUGUACAGCAGCCACCAGCGAGGAGAUAUGUGUGUUGAUGGAUCGUCUGGUGCGGCGGCUGGAGGGCUAUCAGCUGUCCGUCACGCAGGCAUUCGCCAUGUACGACAUCGAUCAAGACGAGGUAUGGACAAACAUAAGGGAAAAUUAUCUCACAGCCGGAUCGAGACAUGUGAGCCCAUGUCUCCCCGUCCAUGGUUCAGUUGCUGAGAAAGGCCGAGUUUGCCAAGGCUCUGUGGAGCAUGAACCUGAGGCUCGCUCUCGAUGAGAUAGAGCUGCUGUUCUCACACAUCGACUCCGCACAAACCGGCCAAGUCAGCAUAGGCGACCUACAGGUAAGUAAACUGACCACCUCUGCUUAGCUAACACACAAAGCAUAUCUUUCUGUCUCCGGUCCUUUGUUUCCUCAGCGAGCCGUGCAGGGCCACAGAUCACAGAAUUACGCCCAAUGGGGAGAAGACAUAUUCCAGAGAGUGGUCGCAAGUCUCGCGCGGACGGGGCUGGAGCCAGCAAGUGCCUUGCAAAAACUUGACAGACACGGCAACGGGCUGAUCGACGCCAGAGACUUCACGCGCUUUCUCAAGACAUUCGAGCCAUCCUUGGCCGAAGACGACCUCAUUAAGUCAGAAAAAACAGACACAGCGAUGCCCUGAUUGUCAUGUCCCUCUUGUUGCAGGCUGCUUUGUCUCGUGGACAAAGACACCAGCGGAGCCGUCGACGCAGACGAGUUCAUCAAGACAUUUGCCGCUGUCAGAGCGCCGUCCGUGCCUGUGCCGCGUUCGCCGACGUUCCAUGACGAGGGCACAUUUGUUCCGACUCUGGCAGCCGAUGAUCCUUAUUCGAUCAUCCUAGCCCGCAUUCGCGGCAAGAUGGCUGGCAUCGAGCGGUUGGUGGCCCACGACGACAGGAUCGACGCGGUGGUCUACGGGACGGUUAUGAAGCGAUGUGGGAUAAAGCUCUCGGCAGCGGAGCUGGCGGGGCUCUUUGGUCGCCUCGACACAGACAAGGACGGCUACAUCUCCUUGAGAGACCUGAGGGCGGCCCUGUCUGCCGCCCCCACGAGGGAGUGGGCAGAUGCUCUCUUUCGCCGCAUUGGUGAUGCAAUCGUGUACACGGGCCGGUCACUGGUGGACGAGAUGCGCGAGGCGGACAUCGACGGCAGGGGGGCCAUCGGUUCGGGCGUCUUUCGCGGGGUGCUGAGAGGGAUCGAACCAAGACUGACGGACCAAGAGCUGGAGAAUAUGACGCACUACGCCAACAAAGUAAGUCCAGGAAGUGCGGGCGCAUCUGUGUACUUGUGUGGAAGUGAAAUGUGUGGUGUACUACUGAUCAGGCCGAGGAUGGUUCAAUCGACAUCGAGGAUUCUCUGAAUGCCAUGGCUCGCGCAGACCCACGUACGGCCCGCCGCACACUCGAGGGAGUGGCCGGGUGUUUUGCGAAGCGCGUGAGGCAACUCCAAGACCGAAAUGUUCUGGAGAGAGCAUUCGCGAGGCACGACACCGCAAAGAGCGGCAUCGUGACCGCAUCGCAAUUUGCACGAGCAAUCACGUAAGCAGUCUCAAUGCCGCCCAUUCGCCCUCACGGAAAAGGCGCUUACGUGUACAGGUCGUUGUGGCCAUCUGCGAGCGACAGCGACCUGAUGCAGCUGCUCAGGUUCACUAUGCGAGGCAGCACACCAACCACAUGGGACCAGUUUGCAUAUGAGCCGUUCCUGCGACGAUUUGCGGACGACACGGGCGAUUUUCAUCCGGUGGCAAAAGAGGAGAGGGGCAAAGUGGCAAGACACUGCCAGCUGCUGCAGGUAAGAAGCGGAAAAGAAGAGUCCUACAUGUCCCAACAAACAGAGACAGGCAUGACGUCAUGUAUCCAGGAUGCCCUUGUGGCGAGGGAGCUUUCGCUGCCAGACUUAGUGGAGGGCGCCUCUCUUUCUCGCGAUGUCUUCGUGGACCGAUUGCGCACACACCAGGUGAUAUCAAGACACGCACACCCACACAGAUUGUGUAUGAAGGUUUUUUGCAGGUGCGAGUCGACCCAGCUGCGCUUGUGUCGGUCCUGAGGCUGACGGCCAUCGAUGCGAGCGGCAAGAUGGACACACAGGAGCUGAUCCCACGAUUCAACCUUCUUCUGCGGGAGCGGGAAACCACCACGGCAGGUACGUGUACGGCCAUUGACACACACGCACACUGACAAACAGACAAGCAGACGUGCGGGUGGGCGUGUGCAGAGAAGGAGAAGAAGAGGCCAUUACAGCUGGCCCUCCCUGAUCGCAUGUGUCCCGUUGCAUUGACGGAGAGCCAGCAACACGCGUUGAAGGGCAUACUGGCCAGACGAGACAAGCAGCAGGUAGGCUUUAUAUUAACGUACUUCCGCAUUUGGACGUGAAGAUGCGUGUACGGCGUGCAGACGGGCUAUGUACCAUUUGACACGCUCGUGAUGGCAUUGUAUGACGUCGGCGUGGACCUCCCGCCCUGGCGGCAGGAUCAGGUAUCCGCUUAAGCAUAUAUGAAUCCAUACAUGUCUCCCCUCGUAUGCAUGUGUUUUCGGUCUCUCAGUUGAGGCGUUGGCUGGUUGAGUGCGGGGAGGGGCAGGAGCCGCAUGGACACGUCUGCUAUCUACCCCUGCUGACCCCUGCCGCGCAAAAGACAGAAACUAUCAGCAAGACCGCACUCACUGCCGGACAGGCGCUUCGCUUCACUGCGUCGGACAUUGUGCUUUCCGGCCGUGCACGAGCAUCAUACACCGCUUUCCGGCUCGAGUGCGAAUUUGCCAAUCACAUCCUCUCAUCGCCGCUGAUCCCUGCACCCAAGUAAGUAAUGUCCAUCCAUAUUUGUAUUCGGCUUAACCUAUCUAUGUAUCUGCAGGCGGAACUUCACCUUGUUUGCCUCGUCUCGGCUUCGAGCCGACUGGAGUGCCGAUUUUCCUCUGGCUGGCAAAGACGCCGUCGACACGGCCGAUCUUCGUGAGGUGUUUAUCCACUGCCGUCAGUCUAUCAUCUUCACCGUGUAUGGCCUUCCGUAUACCCACGAGAAUCUGAGCAGCAGCGGGGCGGUCACACCAACACAGCAGCAGGCACUCACCCCCACAGCCGGGGAGAGGCCAGCGACACCGCCGUCUGCCCGAGGCGGCUUGAGCGAGAUGGGAUUUGGGUGGGGGAUUGGCGAGGGCAAGAAGGUACUUAUCCAUGGACACAUCCCGACAUGAGUAUCAAUGUGUGUACGUAUGAUAUGUGUAUCUGUCGUGGCCGCCGCAGCUUGGCUCUGUGGCGCUGCGCGGGGAGACAUUCAAGAGACGAGGGGCCUUGAGGGAUGUCAGCAAGAGGGAGCUCGUCCUCUACUGGCCGGAAGGUGCAUGCACUACUUGUACACUGGGGGGAGACACCACACACACCACGGGUAUUUGCUUUGCGAUGGCAGGUUCGACGCAAGAUACAGCAGCUCUACGCGUGUCGUUGAUCGUCUCAUCGCAGAACGUCAGACGUCUGGAGAAAGCGAUCAGAUAG